AACAGUGUCCCUGAUCUAUAGAACAGAAGAAAUAAUAGAAAGUAAUAGAGAACUGAGAAGAAGUGAUUCUAAUUUAGAUUGUGAUUGUGAUUGUGAUUUGGGGAAAAAUUGAAAAGAAAGAAAACCCUAAUUCACGAUCAAUGAAAAACCCUAGAAUCACAAUUCAAUUCGCACAUCAACGUAGAUGCUUGUAAUCGCUGGUGUAUCGUGGGAUCUCAAUCGAUUCCUUCAAUUCAUAUUCACCGCUCUUGUAAUCGCUAUUGGAUUACACACUCUUGUCAAAAACACCGCUUCUAAAUACUUCGAAGUCGACGCUAAUUUCGAAGGAGAUCAUCAUCCUUCUUCUCCCACCUCCCCAAUGCCCGGUGUUCUUAACUCCGAUGAGCCUGUUUGUGCUGUUUGUGCUUCUCAUGCCACCAAGAAGUGUUCGCGCUGUAAAGGCGUUCGAUAUUGCACAACAAAAUGUCAACAGUCACAUUGGAAUUCCGGGCAUAAGGAGAAAUGCAAAAGUAAUAGUGGUGCCAAUGUAUUUAACUCGGCUUCAAAUGGGGCAACUAAUGGUGGGUUUAAGGCUUCUGCUGCUGGGGGUAAAGGAUCAAAUUUGAUUGCACUGGUACCUGGUGGUUACAGUACUUCGAGGCCUAUCAAGAAGCCUAAAGAUGUUCUUUUUCCUUAUCAUGAAUUUGUUAAACUAUUUAACUGGGACAACCCGGGAUUUCCUCCUUGUGGACUCUUGAAUUGUGGAAACAGUUGUUUCGCGAAUGUGGUUCUUCAGUGUCUCUCAUUCACAAGGCCACUUGUUGCCUACUUGUUGGAGAAGGGCCACCGAAAUGAAUGCACUUGCAAUGAUUGGUGCUUUCUAUGUGAGUUUGAAAGUCAUGUUGAAAGAGCAAGGCUAAGUUCACAGGCGUUUUCUCCAAUGAAUAUUCUCUCUCGUUUGCCUAAUAUCGGUGGUACUUUAGGUUAUGGAAGACAAGAGGAUGCUCACGAGUUCAUGAGGUUUUCAAUUGAUACUAUGCAAUCUGUUUGCCUUGAUGAAUUUGGUGGAGAAAAAGCUGUCCCUUCUAACCUUCAGGAGACAACCAUUAUCCAACACAUUUUUGGUGGUCGCCUUCAAUCUGAGGUUAUUUGCACAAAGUGUGAUAAGACUUCAAAUCAGUAUGAAAGUAUGAUGGACUUGACAGUUGAAAUUCAUGGAGAUGCUGCCUCGUUGGAGGAAUGUCUAGAUCAGUUUACUGUUAAAGAGUGGCUUGAUGGGGAAAAUAUGUAUAAAUGCGAGGGGUGUCAGGACUAUGUAAAGGCGUGGAAACGUCUUACUGUAAAAUGUGCUCCAAAUAUUCUUACAAUUGCCUUGAAAAGAUUUCAGAGUGGGAGGUUUGGAAAACUUAACAAGAGAGUAGCCUUCCCUGAGACUUUAAAUCUUAGCCCUUACAUGAGUGAAGCUGGAGAUGGAUCUGAUAUCUAUAAUUUAUAUGCUGUUGUAGUCCAUAUUGAUAUGCUAAAUGCUUCAUUUUUUGGUCAUUACAUCUGCUACAUCAAGGAUUUCCGGGGAAACUGGUAUAGGAUUGAUGACUCAAAGGUUGUUUGUGUGGAAUUGGAGGAGGUGCUUUCUCAGGGAGCAUACAUGCUGUUGUAUAGAAGGUGUACUGCCCGACCAUCAAGCCUUCAAAUUCAAACUACUGAAUCUUCAGGGAAAGUAGAAGAGCGAACAGUGGAAGUGGAACCUGGCAAAACUGAACAAGCUGAAUGCCUCUCAAAUGUGAAGGCUUUGGUUUGCAAUAGAGAUUGUGAGGUUUCACCGUCUGAUAUUAGUCCAGAAUCAAAGGUUUCUUCUGGUGAUGAAUAUGAGUCCUCCAUUGAAUUGAACUCAGAAGCUAAAAGAGAGCAGUCUGAGGACACACUCUCAAACGUGAAGGUGUUGGCUUGCAGUAGAGAUUGUGAGAUUUCACCAUCUGAUAUUAGUCAAGAAUUGAAGGUUUCUUCUGGUUAUGAAUACGAGUCCUCCGUUCAAUUGAACUCUGAAGCUAAAAGAGAGCAGUCUGCGGACACACUCUCAAAUGUGAAGGCUUUGGCUUGCCGUAGAGGUUGUGAGGUUUUACCAUCUGAUAUUAGUCCAGAAUUGAAGGUUUCUUCCGGCUAUGAUUACGAGUCUUCUGUUGAAGUGAACUCAGAAGCUAAAAGAGAGCAGUCUGAGGACACAAACAUGAUUGAUAUUGAGUCAACUGAUAAUGGUAAUGACAUUUCUUAUAGUGCUGUUGAUGAAUCUUCUUAUUUACCCAUUUCUCAUGUUGUCGAAAAUUUGAUGGAUGUGGAUAUGGGAAGACCUAUAGAAGAGACUUCAGGCUGCGCCCAAGAUCAAGAUGAUACUGGUGUGGCUGGAUCUUGUCCUUCUCCAGGUUUACCAAAUGAUUUUUCUUUCUUGGAUAAGCAUUCUUCUGUUUCAAUAGAUUAUCGAAAUGUGGAGGAAGAUUUGGAAGAUACAGACGCGGUUAAAUGCAAGUUGCUAACAGCUAACAAUGAUGCAUAUUAUGGCAAUGGAUAUGUUAGUGCAAACCUAUCUGCUACUCCACAUGAAGAUACUGGUACUCUAUUUUCCAGUGGUGCUUCCUUUCCCACAGAAAAGGACAGAGGAAAUGGAAUUAAGAAAGUGGAAAUAUCAGCGGAUAAGUUAAUAAUGUAGGUCUAGUUUUUUAAAUUUAAAUUCUUCAUAUCAUUUAUAUCCCAUCAUCGGAAAGAGGUGGUGAGUUGGGAAAUUUUUUUCUGGGGUUUCUUAAUUUGUGGAAACCUUGGAUCUCAUUUUAACUUUUCUAGAUGGAUUAUCUAAUUUAAUUAAUUACACUGAUAGAGCAUAAUUCCUUGGUCCUUAUUUGCCUUCAUUCUGUACAUAAAGAAAAGCAUAAUUUUUAUUUUGUUUUUAUUUUGCUGCAUA